GGUAACAAGGAAACGUGAAGGACGGACUGCUUCCUAUUGGAUCGCGGGCUGUAGGUGGCCUAUCCUGGGAUGGGCCUCCUCCUUAUCGACAUUGCCAAAAACCGCUGAGGGUGUGAAAGUGUGUGUCUGCUUUUUUGUUUUUUAGCGGAAAACUGGAACCUUAACAGGAGCAGGAGGGGGUCUGGACUAGUCCCUUUAUUAAACAUGCUUCUGUUAUUUAUGAAAAGGAGACCUAAGACCUCGCAGAAGUAGCCGACACCUCGCAGAGGAAGUCACUGAGAGAAGAGCAGAGGAAUGCUCAGGAAGGACAACUCCCGCUCAUACAGAGAGUUUAACGAUGAAGGUGACAGCGAUGACAAGAGGUCUCCAGAAUAUUUCGACGAUGCCGCUGAAGAUCUGGACCGAGAGGAGCUCAACGGCAGCAUCUCACAAGAGGACGACAUCAGGGGAAGCAGUCCGUCGAUGCGGUUCAGUAAAGCCUGCCUGAAGAACGUCUUCACGGUGGUGCUCAUCUUCAUCUACCUGCUGCUGACGGCGGUGGCAAUCUUCCUCGCCUACCAGACCAUCAACGAGUUUCUGGAGAAAUACAGAAACCCUGUGAUGUCGGUCACCUACAAGGAGGUGGAAUCCUUUUCACCACCAGGGAUCGCUCUGUACCCGGGCAAAGCUCAGCUGUUGAGCUGCAGGCAUCACUUCCACGACUACAUCCCCCCUCUAGUGGACCCAGGCAAGCCUCAGGAAGGAGACUGUGUGAUCAAAGAUGUGACUUACUUUGGACCCUUUUCCAAUCUAACACAGAAAAGAGCGCUGGUCGUCCGCGGCCCGUCUGACGUCAGGAAGAAGGAGCUGAUCUUCAUGCAGUUCAGUCACAAUGAAACCGAGGAGGACUUCAGCGCCAUCACCUACAUGCUCUUUGCAAAGUUCAGCGACUUGAAUGACAGCGCGAAUGAAUCCGUGUUCAUGAAGGACUGCGAGAAGAAUUACUCCAUGUGGACUUUCUCCGGAGGGUUCAGAACCUGGGUCAAAAUGUCUUUAGUGAAGACGGCGGGGAAGAGCGAGGAGGCCGUCGAGUUUCGACAAGAGUCGGCUGUGGUGAAAUUCAACGACAAGCGGCCGGAGGCGGAGCAAACCAAUCAGCUGUUCUUUGUCGUCUUUGAAUGGCGGGAUCCUUAUGUGCAAGAAAUCAAACUGAUCGUUACUGCUAACCCCUGGAGCUCCGUGGCCAUCCUCUGCGGCGUCUUCAUGGCGCUCUUCAAGGCCGCUAACUUUGCCAAGCUGUCCGUCCAGUGGAUCAUCAGAAUGCGCAAGAGGCAUCUGAGGAACAAGGCGCGAGAAAUGAACCCCAUCACUGACAGCUGAAGAGCUGAGCGGGGGCGUGUCUUAACUGACUUUUGAGGGAGUGGCCUAAAGUGUGACGAGCACACAAACAAACACUAUUAAAUAUGAAUUAUUAACCCUUUCCUACCUCACCCAAUCAUAUCUACUUU